UUAUGUUUUAGAGAAGUGAAAAUGUGAAACCGAAGGAAUAGUUAUCUCUCUAAUCGAUCUUUCCAUUGAUAUAUUUAUAGAGAGAGGAAUGGUAGGGACAGUGUAUACACACGAUCUGUUUGACAAAAGAUUCUCCUCUGAACACACAAACCUCUUUUAAAACUGCUAGUACUCACUCGCAUCUCCCUCUCUCACACUCUCUCUCUCUCUCUGCGUCGUCGUGGUCUUCGCAAACAAUCAGUCAUGUGGAGGCGCGGUGUUUCUCUGUCGUCUAUGCUUUCUUCGUCUAAAUCGCGCCUCCUAAAUCAGGUGCAGGUGGCAUAUGGAUUCAAUGCUUGCCAAGUUUUCUCUACUCAUGUUCUGAAUCCGGCAGAAGAUGGAGUCUCUGGUGCAAGAAGGAAACCAUUUGUGACUUUCGUCUUGGGUGGUCCAGGGAGUGGAAAAGGUACUCAGUGUACAAGGAUUGUUAAUACCUUUGGGUUUACCCACUUGAGUGUUGGGGAUCUGUUGAGGAAAGAAAUCUAUUCUGAUAGUGAAAAUGGUUCCAUGAUUCUUGAUACAAUCAAGGAAGGGAAAAUUGUUCCCUCAGAAGUGACUGUUAAACUGAUAAAAAAAGCCAUUGAAGCCGGUGAUAACAAUAGAAUUCUUGUUGAUGGCUUUCCAAGAAGUGAAGAGAACCGUAUAGCAUAUGAGCGAGUUGGUGGGGUCGAACCAGACAUUGUGCUUUUCUUUGAUUGCCCUAAAGAAGAAAUGGUGAAACGAGUGCUAAACCGUAAUCAGGGGCGAAUUGACGAUAAUAUAGAUACAGUCAAGGAAAGGUUGACCGUAUUUGAAGAACUCAAUCUUCCUGUGAUCAAGUAUUACUCCGAGAAAGGAAUACUUCACAAGAUCGAUGGUACUGGAACAGAAGAUGAAAUAUAUGAAAGGGUUCUCCCAAUAUUUGCUGCAUUGAGAUAGUUGUCAAAUGACUCAAAUAUAAGCGGCCGCCACGCCUGAUAUUCAUCAAAUAUGAAGGGAGCCAGCCCACAUUUGGUCCAAGAUGAUGGCGAUCAAUCAAUCUCUUCCAAUUGCGAAAUUAUAGAGGCCUACUUGUUUGAUUAAUGUCACGAAUAACUAAAUAAUCGGGUUCAUAUUUCCGACGGCUAAAAAGAAUAUCAAUAUACAGUCUCUUUAAACAUGUACUAUUCUAUUACAUUUUUUGUAUGAAAGAUUGUAUAUAAUGGGGCACCUUCACCUCAUCCUUAAUAGUUUCAAUUACCAACAAUUAAUUUUCCAUGUUCUAUAGGCCCAGCCCGGUCUUCAAAAUCACAUCUGAACUUUUAAA